GUGUAUUGUUUUGUUGUGCUAAAAGAAUUUACAAUUUUUUGUGUGUUGUUAAAAUAAAAUGAGUUUUGAGGAUAAGGAAAUAAAAUUUGAUACCCCAAAUCUACAGGAUCGUCUUCGUGGUGGUGAAACUACCCUUGACAUAAUUAGUAAUGUUGAAGAUACCAAGGGCAAUAUUGGAGAUGUGGGAAGAUUGAUGAUAACAAAUUUGAGGAUCAUUUGGUACUCUGUGACCACUACAAAAUUUAAUUUAUCUGUUGGUUGGUCUUGUGUUUUAACCAUGACAACGAAAACCGUGGCAAGCAGAGGAAGAGGAACAACGCAAGCCCUCUAUAUCCUGAGUAUCAGUCGAAAUUCUAGAUUUGAAUUUAUUUUUACCAAUUUAACAAAUUCUCAGUCAAAAUUUUCUUCAGUUUUUGAUAUUUAUCGAUUAUAUCAAUCAUCAACACUUUAUCGUGAGAUGAAAUUAAGAUCUUCAAUUCUUCACGAAGGAUCUCUCAAUGUUCUUCAAAUGGAAAAAGUUUUUAAUACCCUAAAUGGUGUGUGGAAUUUAUCCAGUGAUCAAGGAAAUUUAGGGACUUUUAUCAUUACAAAUAUUCGUCUAGUUUGGUUUGCUAACAUCAACGAAACUUUUAAUAUGUCAUUGCCCUACAUCCAGAUUGCUAAUAUUCAAAUUCGUGAUUCAAAGUAUGGCUUAGCUCUUGUGAUAAACACACUAAAAAUGUCCGGAGGUUAUGUGUUGGGCUUUCGAAUUGAUCCUCCGGAAAAGCUACAUGAAAUCUACAAGGAGCUUACAUCACUACACACUGUGUAUUCUGAGACUCCAAUUUUUGGUGUAGACUACAAACCAAAGCCUGAUUUAGAACCACAAAACAAUGAUCAUUUGUCAAUAGAUGAUAUUGAAGAAAUUGAUGAGAAGAAAAGCAACGAAAUUAAUCAUAAUUUCUCUGCGUAUCUCUCAGCAGAAGACUCUGGUGAAGUUCGCAGGCCUUCUUACUGCAAGGAACUAGGAUUUGCCAUGGAAAAACUAAAGGAAGGCUUUAAGAUUAAGGACCUUUGGGAAAUCAUACCAUAUCAAUAGCUAUAGUCCAUAAACGAAAUUAUUUCUGAAUUAGGGGAAGGUGGGGCACUUUCACCCUUAAAUUGCAAAACGGAUCUUGAGACCAUUUUGUAAAAAUAUGAGAAACAGAAUUAAAACUUUAUGUAUUCUCUGAGUUACAGUUGGAUUUAAGGUUAAUAAAAAAAAAUAACAAUAUUCCUUUAAUUUCAUUAGUCUAUUGUGGAGAAGAUGAUUUCAUUUGAAUGGCAGAAUGCGUGAAAGUCCCCCGUUGCGGAGCAAUUUCAAGAUAAAUAUGAGGUAAUUUUUGAGAAAGAUAAAAUGUGUUUAUAUGAAACUUGCCAUAC